AUGGCUGCGGCACCCGCCUACGAGUCGGCGGCGGCCAUCUUGUCGCCCCCGAGUGAUGCCGACACCCUUGACUCCUUCAUACCCCAGGAUGACGACGCCAAGGCUAAGGAGGACUACAUCAACUCACACCCGCUUACGGCAUCCCUGCGAGCGAACCCGGAUUUCACAGAGUCACGCCCGCAUAUGAAAAUCCCGGCGUCGUGGCGAAGGCAUAACCUGACGGGCGGCACUCUCGUGGGGCCCGGCAAGAUGGCUAUUCCCCCGUUUUGCUGGACCGAACGGGAGGGCAAGAGCUAUGUGCAGAUCACGCACGUCGGUACGGAUCUGUGCGGCCACGUGGGCAUAAUCCACGGCGGGUUCUUGGCUACCCUGCUGGACGAAGGUCUCGCCAGAUGCUGCUUCCCUGUGCUUCCCUACAACGUGGGCAUGACGGCGAAGCUGGAGGUCAACUACAAGGCGCCCGCCACGGCCAACCAGUACUUGGUGCUUCGGGCCACGACCGUCAAGGUAGAGGGCAGGAAAGCGUGGGUCGAGGGGCAUAUUGAGACCCUCCCGACAGAAGAAGGGCAGCAGCCAACCAUAUUGGCGACAGCCAGCGCCCUCUACAUCUCGCCGAGGCAGGCCAAUAUCACUUGGCACCCGUCGCUCACACGGCAGGAGCGGAACCAGCUGCGCCGUCAGCGUGGAUUUACUAUCUGGUUCACGGGCUUGUCGGCCUCGGGCAAGUCGACGGUCGCGACUGCCCUCGAGCAGCACUUGCUUCAUAUCGGCCUUUCCGCCUAUCGGCUCGACGGCGACAAUGUGCGCUUCGGGCUGAACAAGGAUCUGGGCUUCUCUGAGAAGGACCGCAACGAGAACAUCCGCCGCAUUGCCGAGGUUGCGAAGCUCUUUGCCGACUCGUCGACCAUUGCCAUAACCUCUUUCAUCUCCCCAUACCGAGCAGACCGGCAGAUUGCUCGAGAUCUACAUGCGACUGCCUCCCAGGCAGGCGACGAGCCACUGCCCUUCAUUGAAGUCUUUGUCGAUGUCCCUCUGGAAGAAGCCGAGAAGCGUGAUCCAAAGGGGCUGUACAAAAAGGCACGAGCGGGUGAGAUCAAGGAUUUCACGGGCAUCUCAGCGCCGUACGAGGCGCCCGAGUCCCCCGAGAUCACCAUCAGGACCGAUCAACUAAGCGUCGAAGAGUGUGUACGCAAGAUCGUGGAUCAUCUUGCAGAAAAGGGCCUCAUAACCCAGACACAGGAGACAAGAUGA